AAAGCCCGCGGUCGGGUGAGGCGGGAGGGAGUUGGGGCCGGCAGGGAGGGGCAGGAGGCACUCGCAGGCCCCUCGAGAAGGAGGCCCCGACCGCUCGCCGAGGAAGCCUCGUCCGGACCCCCUGGGAGCGGGGCGGCAGGCACUGUGGCGCCUCCUCGCGUUGGUCUUGCUGGUUCUCGGCCCCCGAAGCGGAGCGACGGAGACACAACUGUGGGAGCAUCUGGAUCAACAGCCCAGGUCCCCGAACUUCCCGCAACGCGAGGCCGCAGAGCACUGAAGGCUGCCAUUCCCGAGCAGGUCACGCUGGACGCCACCCUAAGCUGGGCCCAGAGGCUCCCGCCCAGGAGGGCUGCAGUGGGCGCAGACACCGCGCGCGUGGGGACGGGAGACCCAGCCUCCUCGGCCGUUCCGCGAGGAGGCGCGGCCGGUCAGAUUCGAUGCUGAGCCGAAUGCAGGAGAAAGGGCAAACCUCCCUCAAACCAGAAAAAGCCGUGUGAGCUUCAGGUUCUCAAAUACCCCACUCACCAAGACCCCACAUCUCCAAUCACCUCCUCCCACCCAAAUCCCAUUCGGAGCCACAGAAUUGCACGUGGGACGAGUGCUUGGGAAUGGAUCAAGCCAGUCUCUUCAUGUAACGGAGACAGCCCAGGGUGGCUCUGUCACACAGCCACUGUCUUGUGCGCAAGUUCUGAACUUGGCCUCAAAGAAGCCCCAGAGUAGAAAGAAGACAAAAUAAACCUCAGUUCUUCGAUUCUGGGCUGGAAGUGAGAUUUUCUUGAAUGGCAGCCAGUGUUUUGACUCUUAGGUAAGUGAGUGGGUAAAGACCAGUAAGGCCCACGCAGAAGAAACACUGAGGAAAGAAGACACAAAGUAACAAAUGGAAGGAAGCAGCCGACGCCUGAGGACAACAUGGCAAGAAGGAGCCUUUGGAUUCCGGACUGGCAUGGAAAGAGAGUUGGUUGAAUCCCAGAAUUUGGAAACCCCAGAUACGGAGGGCGGAUGGUACAACCGGAGCUGUCAGGUGGAUUUCCAAGGCUUUGCAUUGGCUGUACCUAAAAUUUAUGACAGAUCCUGUGGUGGCCUAGACUCCCCAAUAUCCACUCUUCCUUAUCUGGAGUCUUGCUCUGUCACCCAGGCUGGAGUGCAAUGGUGCGAUCUCAAGCUCACUGCAACCUCUGCACAGGUUCAAGUGGAGAAUGUGAAUCUUGAUGAUAUAGUUGGAACUCUUCAGCCAAGCCAUAUCUAACAGAACUAUCUUCAACUUUUCAGACUUCACUUCCUUCUCCAGCUGAGCUCCAAGUGGAGCUUUGAGAGAAAAACAGAAGGGUGAUGGCUGGAAGACUCAAGGCUUCCAAAGUAUUCCUCUCCUGAGUAUCAGCAACCAGGUGAAUCUCACAAUGAGUAUGACAACUUGGAAGGGGCAAGAGUCACGUGCUUGAGGGGAAAGGGCACCAGGGUGCAAUCUCUGUUAAUCCUUCUCUAUACCCAGCUUCCCGCUGCGGCCUGUACAGAAACAAGCACGCAGGCACUUAAGGGGACAGUGGUUUCACCGCGUCCCUCCCGGCGGCGGCUCCCCACCUUUCCCUCCUCCCCACAUGCCCCUCCCAGGCUGCAGGCUCGGCAGCCGACUUCCGCUGAUCUGGGCUGGAGGGAGCCUAGAAUCCAAUUACUCUUCCCUAGGGAGCGCAAUCCACCCGUCUGGCCGCAAAGAGCGGAGCCGGGGUCGGAGAGCCGAAGAGGCCGACCCUGCUCCGCCCGCCCCCACUUCCCGCCGCCCCAGCCUCAGGCUCGGCAACCAGGGUGGGGCAAGCAGAGCCACGAAGGGGCGCGCGGCACUGCCGCCGGGACUAUUUGUCCUUCCGCGCGCGGCCCGGCCCGGCACGGCGCGGCGAGAGGUCCGCGGCGCUGCAGCCCCGGCGCCGACGUCGGCCGGGCUGAGUGGCAGGAGAUUAGCCAAGGGCUUCCCCCGCCGCGCGUCCUGGCCAAUCGGCUCCGCGGGCGGUGCUCGAGGGACGCGCACACGCACUUUCCAGAAUCCACGCCUCCCAGCAACAGCCUCCAGCCCCGCGACGCUGCCCUUCCGGCCCCUUCUCUCCGUUGGGCCUGCUCUGGCUGCGGGCCUGGACCCUGGCCUCUGGCCUGUGGGCUUUUGCGUGCUGCUCCUUAAAGUGACAGGGAAACGGGGCAAGAGGUCCAAGGGUUCCGUAGGAGAAGGAGACUUAGUAUCUGUGGCUCUCCCACCGUCCCGGCUUCCCUAACCGACUGGGGAGUGAAGCUCUAGAGAUGGAUCUUUGGGAGGAAAAAACUGGACCUCCCUUCGGGUUCUUUAGAGUUUAGGUGAAGAACUCUUUCAGUACCAUUGAGUGUUCUCUAGUAAGAUGAUCUUAGACUGAUGGAUUUCUCGCUUGCUUUAAAGCUGUGGUCAGAGUACUUCAUAUAUCCUUUCCUUUCUGCAUCUGGGGGAAGGAAAAAAAACACUUUUUACACAUUGUCAGGCCGCAACGCAACUGACAUACAUGCUAGAAGGAGAUGUUAUAUUAUGCCUUGUGUCCUCUUUUGAAUCACAUUCUCCUGAGAUGUGGCUGACCCUUAGGCCCAUGGUGUUCUUGAAUGUGAUUGACAUGCGUGUUUAGCAAGCUAGUGAGAGAGAACCAGGGAAAUUGCUAUCAAAACAAUUACAUACAGGGACAUCAGAACAAAGGCUUGAGACCACUGGGGAAUGAGGGACCAUCCCAGUUCUGCAACGGAUGCCCUCGGGGUUGGUGGCCAAGUCAGAUCUUUGUGUCUUGCUUCUUCGUAGCAUACUGAAUAGAACUGUCUUCACCACGCUCACUAUUUCAGUGUGUUAUAAAAAUAAGGUGAAAAUGUUGAAGGUUUUGUUUCGGGUGGAGGGAAGGUGGUGCCGUUGAAAGGCACUCUCUGAAGGGAAGAUUCUGUAAAAGGAAGCCAUUUUAUCUGCCUACAAUUUGGUCAUUUCAAAGAAAUUCAAUAUACAUGUGUUAAGACUA